AUGAACGAGUUAGACAGCCUGCGCCAGGAGGCGGAGACCCUUAAGAAUGCCAUUCGGGAUGCCCGUAAAGCGGCAUGCGACACGUCGCUCGCCCAGGCGACGGCAAACCUGGAGCCGAUUGGUCGCAUCCAGAUGCGCACCCGCCGUACACUGCGAGGACACCUCGCCAAGAUCUACGCGAUGCACUGGGGCAGCGACUCGAGGAACCUCGUGUCCGCCAGCCAGGACGGUAAGCUGAUCGUGUGGGACAGCCACACGACGAACAAGGUGCACGCGAUACCGCUGCGGUCUUCUUGGGUGAUGACGUGUGCUUACGCUCCCUCCGGAUCUUACGUCGCGUGUGGCGGGCUCGAUAAUAUCUGCUCCAUUUAUAGCUUGAAGACACGCGAGGGCAAUGUACGCGUAUCGCGUGAGUUGCCAGGGCACUCUGGAUAUCUGUCCUGCUGCCGCUUCUUGGACGACAACCAGAUCUUGACCAGCUCUGGUGAUAUGACUUGCGCCCUCUGGGACAUCGAGACCGGUCAACAGUGCGGUCAGUUCACGGGCCACACGGGCGACGUCAUGUCGCUCUCACUCGCGCCCGACCAGCGAACCUUCGUAUCGGGGGCCUGCGACGCGUCCGCUAAGCUCUGGGACAUUCGCGACUGCCAGUGUAAGCAGACCUUCCCGGGUCACGAGAGCGAUAUCAAUGCGGUUACGUUCUUCCCGUCGGGCUUCGCGUUCGCGACGGGCUCGGACGACGCCACGUGCCGCAUGUUCGACAUCCGCGCCGACCAGGAGCUGGCCAUGUACUCGCACGACAACAUCAUCUGCGGCAUCACGUCCGUGGCCUUCAGCAAGUCGGGCCGCCUGCUGCUGGCCGGCUACGACGACUUCAACUGCAACGUGUGGGACUCCAUGAAGAGCGAGCGCGCCGGUAUCCUUGCCGGCCACGACAACCGCGUGUCGUGUCUUGGCGUGACGGAGAACGGCAUGGCCGUCGCUACCGGCUCCUGGGACUCGUUCCUCCGCAUCUGGAAUUAGGCUGCCCUCCUCCGCACCGCGACCUCUUUACUCUCCCCAAUCCUCCCCAACACUCCCCACUCCCCAACCCUCCGGACUCCCUCUGAUCUCCGACGAAAGAGUACCGUGUGUUGAUUUGAUUUUGGAAGAUAUUAUGAUUCGAAAAUUAUCGUUUCGUUAAUGUAGGCGAUUUAAUAUUUGUUUUACGAAGUGUUUUUUGUUCAAUUGAAGAAUUUUAUUGAAAAUUUUCAUGCGGGAUUCUAUCAUUGGACGACAGUUUUCUGUAUUCUGUGCGUAUCUUUGAACUUGAAAAGAUUGAACGAUUUGAUAUAUAUGUUGAUGUGGAAGAUUUAAAUACCUAUAUUGUGUGUUAGAAUGUCAAAAUUGUGUUCACCUCUUGAGAUUCGAUUUAAAUCGAUAGAGAAAUCGUAUCGCUCAAAUAUAAAAAUGUAUGUUAUAUUGAAAAUCAAACACGACGCACAGAAUAUAAGAGCGAAAACGCGAACAAAACGGCCGAACAUUCUAGAAGCCUCAUUUAUAAUUUUAUAUGAACCUCGCUCGAUCUCCCAACAAUGAUUUGCGGUGUGAAUGGAUCGCGUAAAUGCUUUUUUCUAAUACAUUACUUUAAAAAACCUACGUCCCACUCGUUUAAAAACUUCUCCCUUAAAAAUAAAGAUCAUAUUCGCUUGUUUGUUGAACUCGAUGCUACACUGAUCUGACGAUUGAGACGAGUCUGAACCCUGUUACGACUGAAAUAUAGUCGUUUUUUCAUUAACGGGGUAACGACUUUUUCGCUUAUUUAUUGUAUACAUAGGUAAAUUCUAACAAGGAUGAAGCAUUUAAGGAAUAGUUAACUAAGUGUGAGAGAUGUGUGUCUGUCUGUUCAUGGUAUAUUUAUAUAUGUAAUGUACGAUAGUAUAGACUACGGAGCCUGUCCUACGGCUAACGCUGUCCCACUUGUUUCUUUUGAUUGAUAUAAACAUCGCACAAGCAAAAGUGAGUGCAUAAACUAUCAUCUUAAACUAAAGAACCAAAUAUUAAUAUAAUUGUGUAAUUUAUUGUAUGGGAAGAUUUUGUUCGUCGCUGUAUACAUACAUAUAUAUACAUAAUAUAUUUAUAAUAAAUAAUUAAUUCUGAGCUAAUUUAUGAUGUGAAUUAUUAUUUUGUUUUAUUAGAUUUAAUCCGGUUAUAUAAGAACAGAUCGAAUUAAUGUAAAGAUCUCUGGAUGUACUAAAAUUGAUCGCAUCUUAAUAUAAUUUGUACAAAUAUUUUUUUUAACUGGCAACACUUAAAGUUAUGAUAAGUACAUCGACGGAUCCGUCAAUGACGCCAUCUUGAACUCAGCGUUGCCACGUCCAAAAAAGUAUUUGUGUGAAACCUUGAAAUUCAGAAUAGAUUUUAUGUAGGGCGAUUUGUAUCUCGUUUACAAUAAACAGUUUUAAUGAUU